GCCAGCUCCACCUCUGCCGGCCCGCCCUCGGCUCCCCCGCCGCGCCGAGGAGCCAGGCCGGGAAGCCCACACUGGAGGGCCCGACGCCGGAGCCCCCCCACCCGCCGCAGCCGCACGCCUCGAUGCCGGAGCGCUGCAGGGUUCUGCGUGUGAGGAAUACAUAACCUCGUGCCUGCCUGCUCAGCCUGCCUUGGCCCUGCUGACCCCUCAGUCCGAGACGCUGACCCUCCCUGCCCAGCCAAGGGUACCUUGGACACUGCUGUCUCCAGACUCGUGUGGCUGAGUAGACUCAGGCUGUUGUCACACCUGAAGGGACGGAAGAGUGGGCAGUCAAGGCACCAGAGCAAGAGCCCUCUGGGGUCUCAGGCAGAGGAGUGAAACUGGAACCAUCAGGGAACAUGAGUGAAUUUUGGCACAAAUUGGGUUGCUGUGUGGUAGAGAAACCCCAGCCGAAGAAGAAAAGGAGACGAAUUGACCGGACCAUGAUUGGGGAACCAAUGAAUUUUGUCCACCUGACUCACAUUGGCUCUGGGGAGAUGGGGGCCGGAGAUGGACUUGCCAUGACAGGUGCAGUUCAGGAGCAGAUGAGAUCCAAGGGAAACCGAGACAGGCCAUGGAGCAAUUCUAGGGGAUUGUAGCUCCAACAGAAACGGUUCUGCUGUUUGAAGCCUCUGCUCCGUGUCCAGCCCAGAAGAGAUGGUGCCCCCUCCUCGAACCAGUGACCCCAGGGCCCCUCUUUUCCCUUUUUGCCUAUUAGUGCCUCAGAAGGCUUGGGGGCUGGACUCCCUCUCUUCCCUCUGGCUCUAGCCCCUCCUGGAGAUGGGCUCAAGGCAGCAGGACUGACCAAGUGACUACUGGUUGGCCAGAGGAGCUCAGCUGAAGCCCUGGACACUCUCAGAUCUGAGAUAGGAGUUUUCUGGGAACCUGGAAGGUGUUCCCUUCUCCUGAAUGACGGUCUAGGAGCCAUCUGUUUUUAAACUCUUAACCUGGAACUCCUUAAAUGGGGUAGGUGGGUGAGAUUACCAAAGCUGAAGCCGGCUUUGCUGAGAAGCUCCUUACCUCCCUGCCCUUCUCCAUUUUCCUCCUGGAAUGAACUGAAACAGACGUCAAGCAGGGGGUCGGAGGGUGACCACUGCCUAGUCUAUCUAUUCUUUCUCUUUAGGUCCCAAAACUUAAGCUCGAUUUCUCUCUGCCACUACCAGCUCUUUCUCUAGGAGGCCUCUAACCCUGUUUCUGCAGCAUUGUGAGUUCUCCAACAUCUUUCUUUUUAAAUUAAAAGUUUAAUUUAAGAUGAGUUCUCUUAAUUACCCCCCUCCUUCUACUACCUCUGCCUUCAGUCCUACCCCCGUUAGGAACCUUAUUAUUUCCCACUGAAUGAAAGCUAAGGUAAGAAGUGGGUCUUAACCUGAUGGGAUCCCAUUUAAGUCUUGGGGACCUGGCCUGCCCUCUGCCAAUCUCCCUGCUGGCUCAGGUGAGGAGGAAGAGGGAUCUGGAGAGAAACUCAGAAUGCUGCAAAACUAAGAGGUAUGUCUGAGAAUGUACAUCCUAACCGUUGAGGAUGAGAGGCGUGGUAGGUUAAAAACAAUCUGUGAGGUUAGGGAUGUUAGAUCCUCACCGCAUGGGAGCAGGGAAACCUCCAGAGCAAGGAUUCUCAACCUAGGCACUUCUGACAUUUGGUUGGAUAAUUCUUUGUAAUGAGGGACUGUCCUGCGCAUUAUAGGACAUUCAGUAGGGUGUCUGUCCUAGUUAUGACAGCCAAAAAUGCCCCCUGGUAUUGCCAAAUGUCUCUUAGGAGGCAAAAUCACCCCUAAGUGAGAACCACUGCUCGAGAGUCAAGGUAUUUUUCUCCAAAGUGUUUUCCCCACCCUACUCUCAUCCCAUCAUUCACCCUAAGCCUGAGCGACAGAUGAACCAGGCCCUCUUGCAAAGUAGGCUUACUAGGGCCGCACACAAUAUCGAAAACAGCCCUUUAUUCAGUGUGUUGCUUGUGCUUUGCAUGGGUUCGUGUCUCUGGUGGAUUGUAGUCUUCUCCAUUCUUCUUUGGAGGAGGGAUUCCUGAAGUGUGGAGGCAUGAACUGAGCAUGGUGAGACUGGGAAAGGGAGGGAGGAAAAAGGAGAGCCAUAGACACCCAGGUUUAUCCUCUACAAACUUUAAGCUCCAUUUCUGUGCCCUAGUCCUAGAACCAGACACAAAUAAGACUCAGGGAGUUUUGUCUGAAGACCAGGUCCCACUCCCCACCUGGCUGAAGAGUCUGUGUUAGGUGGGAAAAUAUUGCAGGAGGAGGGUCUUUAGGCAGUUUGUUUUCUCAGGUGUUUUUUUUCUUUUGGCCCCUUCCCUCAGGGUGGUUAGAAAGGCAGAACGAGACCGGUGAGCUCUUCCGGCUCUUGACUGAGAGGAUGGGGGUCUCUCAUUAGCUCAGCAACAAGAAGCAUCUUAUUUGAUGGUGAAGGUGUCAGGAAGGUGGGAACUAGGAUACACUCUGCUGAGUCCACCAUCCAUCCAGUUUGCCCUACCUAUAGUGACAGGUUCUGAUUUUGUUCCAAUUCUAGUGUAUUUCCUGCCACUUUUCAGGGUCUAAGAUUGGUCAUACAUUCCCAAUUUACUUGGCAGGAAAUUAGCUGGCAGGAAAUUAGCUGGAUUAGCUACAUAAUCCCAGUGUAGCUAGUUGUUCUGAAAGUAGCUCAUAGAUUGUCCUAAAGUAGCUUAAUAGCCUGAGGGUUAUAUUCAGUCUGAAGGGGUCAUAGGGGAGAAGGAUGGGGGACUCAUGGACUCUCUGGUCACCACGAUCUACCGCCUUAUCCUAAUGCCUCUUCUUUGGCCACAGUCUUCUUUGGUAUUCUCUUGCCUUUAGCUACCUUUUCUAACGUGUAUGCUACCAUCACUUGAACUGUAUUUAAGAGUGAUGGCAACGGGUUUGAGAGUCAUAAUUUAUAUUAAAAAUGUGUUGGACUUUUAAAUACAUUUUUCAAAUAAAAAAUGUUUUAAGCAAAGUAGU